GCGUGAGGCAGAAGUUCGGGAAAAGGAACGUCUUGCCAAGGAGAAAAUGGAGCGUGAAAAAACAGAGAGAGAACGGAGAGAAAGAGAGGAGCGGGAGAGGGAGAGGAGAGAGAAGGAGAGACGAGAACAGGAGGAGAAGGAGCGUCAGCAGUACCAGGUGGACCAGCAUUUCAACAAGACUUUCCGCCUGGCCCAGCACAAGCACGGUGGAGAGACUGUCCGCCACAUGCCAGCCGAGAACCUCAACCAGGCCUAUUACGUCCACGGCUUGACCAACCACCACCAUCCCUCCAACCACCCAUCUCACAACCACCCCCUUCUCAUGACACCACACAGUAAAGCCUACCAGGCCCAAGCGCACGCCCAGAAGGUUGGUGGAUGGAAUACUCUGUCUGGUUUGGUCAAAACGGAGAGGAUAGAUGCAAUGGAGGAUCGACGUCUUUUGGAGCAACAGCAGCAGCAACAACAGCAACAGCAACAGCAGCAGCAACAACAACAGCAGCGUCAGGAAGAAGCUAUACGCCGUGUACAUGAGCCAGAGAAGAUGGUGCAGGAAAGCAUAUACAAAGCUUUUCGUGAUACAGAUAGGAAUCGGGAUUCCUUAGCAAAGAUUAGGUAUCCUCCACCAGCACACUCCAGUAAACCUUCAGAGAAGCCUGCGGUUCCCUCUGGGUUGCCCAAACUUGCUGAUCCAAGCUUCAACUUGGCCACCUAUCCACCAAAUUAUCUACCCAAAGAGGCCAAACCUCCCCACACAGAGAGGGUCCCCUACCUGCACUACGCUGACCCACGGGACAAGACAUCAGUCAUUAUCCAGCCAGAGAUCAAGUAUGAAAAAGCCCCUCCACAUUCUAUAAGUCCCAAGCAGCGGCCCCCAGAAAGGUCUAGUCCAUACCCACCUGGUUCAGCGUACAAACCACAUGAACCAUCUCCCUCCUUACACAGAAGUAGCACCUCGCAUCUUCAGACUACUUUGCCCCACAGUGUAGAGUUGACCAAAGCUAGACAACCACAGUCUUCUCCGCACUCCACACCUUCACCAGCACAUCCUGACCGAUACUAUCCCCCAGGGGUGAAACCCCCUCCCACCACUUACCCUCCUAAUUUUAUAACCGCUGGGCUGGUUCCCAAUCCAUUACAUGUAUCGUCAGUUUCUGCUAAGUCGAAGGUGAGCUCUCCGCCACCACAAAUCUACGGCAAGCCUGGCAUAACAUCAGGUACUCCAGUGUGCCGUCCUGACUCCAGACCUCCACAACCUCUGCCCCUGACCAGCAAAGCCAGUGGUGUGGGAGGACCACCUCCAGCUCAUUCGGGUAGAGGGGUACUUCCUGAAUCAAGGCCUCCAAUGCCACCACAUGAACAGCGGCCACCCAUGGAAAGAAGCCCAUAUGAUGCUCGCAUCUAUCCGCCCACAGUACCGUCACCACACCAUAAACAUGUGGUAGCUCCAGGUCCACCACCUCCAGCAAGGAUAACUCCAGUUUCUUCCCCCCAUGUGGCAACACCUCACAUUCCCCCACUCCCGUCCCCACAACCAACACAGACACAGCCUCUGGAUCUGGGCACCCGUGAGGAUGCUGCAUCUCCCAGCAAGAGACGAACUCAGACUCCAACACCUCAAGAUCCAAAGAAACCCAGAUUUGAAAGUACAGCUAACCAGCCGCUGUUGUCUCGUGUAUCAGAACCAAGCCCUCUGUAUCCAACUGCUGCUACUACAAUUACCACUGUAGAGAACACAGUAGCUCUUGCAGCCAACCUGUCUCGUGUUGCAAGUCCAGCUUCACGCCCGCCGAGCCAACCUCCAGCUGCUACUACCCCAACUCUUCAGCGUACUGAAAACAGCUCCUCGCCAGGGGCAAACAAGAUGACAGAACCGGAGAAAUCUAAUAGUCCAGGUCCUGCCGGGGGUUAUGUGCACAAGCUUAAGAAAGCAUGGCUUCAGCGACAUGAGAGUGGUGUUGAAAUCAUCCCACCAACGACCACCAACAGUUCAGGCUCACUCUCGGUUCGAGUAGCUACACCACCUCCUCCUCCGGCCAGCAGUACCCCUACUUCCUCAAAGCCUACAUCAACAAUUACUACAGCUGUCAAGUCUGAGCCAAAAGUAGUUGUGCGUAAGCCAAAAGUUGUGAAUAGUAUACCGAACAGUAUACCUAAUGGGCAUAGCCAAGAUAUCAAAGAUGGGGACUCAAGCUCAACAGACUCUGAAGGGAGUACUACUCAAAAGCCAAAGCGAGGCAAAGGCAAAAGAAAAUUGAAAAGAAUGAAAAAAAGUAGUGAUAGUAAUAGUGAGAGUGAGAAAGACAGUGAUGCGAGUGAAGAGACAAACAUCAAGAAAUCGGGGAGAAUACCUUCCAAACCUGACUCUGAACCCAAGAAAAGAGGGAGAAAACCCAAAUCGAAGCCAGACAAAGACAAGGAAGAAGGCCCAAAGCCAAAAAAGUCCAAAGAGGAACCCCCACAAAAUGACCCUCUGCAGAAACCCCCAGUAUCUCAGCUCAAGAAAACAGGAGAGAGCUUCUUGCAAGAUGGGUCAUGUUAUGAGGUGGCUCCAAAACUACCUAAGUGUCGUGAGUGCCGUUGGACAGCCCACCAGAGGAACAAGAAGAUGCCCAACAUCUUUUGCCGUUUCUACGCCUUCCGACGACUCCGUUACACCAAGAAUGGGCAACUGGCAGUAGCUGGGUUUUCAGACCCCAUAAAAGACGUGUCAGUGGAUGACCUGAAACUGUGGGUGCCAGACAGUGAUAAUCCUCCAGAGGACUUAGAUGAAGAAACAAGUCUGUUUUUAUUGACCCAUGUAGGGGAUCAGUUCUGUGACCUGGUGGAGCAGGAGAAAGAAGCAAUGGCACUCCAUAUGGGUGAUGAGACUGUAGUGGCUUGGAAGCGAGUGGUGCAAGGAGUUCGGGAGAUGUGUGAUGUGUGUGAAACUACUUUGUUCAACAUCCAUUGGGCAUGUAGCAAGUGUGGUUUUGUGGUCUGUAUAGAUUGCUACAAAGGACGCAAGAAUGGAACAGUGAAGGUGUGGGAUGAGGGCGGUAAAGACCGUGAUGAAUACUCGUGGUUACUGUGUGCAUCUAGACUCCCGCACGAGCAGGACAAACUCAUGCUUACUCAGAUAAUCUCGGGGAAUGCGCUCCUUGAGCUGGGGGGGAAAGUGCACGAAGUGAGACACAAAUGGAACAUCCCUCAGUACUGUGAAUGCCCUGAGGCUAAAAAGUACAAAGAACAAGCAUCCCAAGACGAUAAGAAGAAGCUCAAUGGAGUGAAUAAAGAUCUGCUCAAAAACAUAAAGAAAGACCCUAGUAAAAGUGAAAUGGUGAAUGGGACAGUGAAGCAGGAGAAAACGGAGAAAAUGAAUGGCAAAGAUGAAGAGAUGUCCAACUCUCCACUGAACUUCUUUGCUGAUGUUGCACUCUCCAGUGACAAGAGAGACAGUGAGAGUUCUGACUCAGAUUCAGACUCAGACUCAGAUGACAAGGAGGGCAAUUUCUCAACCCUGCGAGAGUUGCUGAUCAGGCCCAAUGCACGGCCCAAUGGAGGCACGAAGGAUGAAAACACACCUCCUACAAAGUCCAGCAAAGAGACCAGUAAGAAGAAGCCCAAGCUUGACACCGUGGAUGAAGUCAUCUCCUGUGUAAUUGACAACACGUCGGACAAGGAGGACACGAAGGAUAAUGACCAGAUGGUGCUCAAACAUUUUGUCCGAAAGUACAACUACACUCCUCGAGGGCGCGAGCCACUUCCAAUCAGGAUAAUGACCAAGACUGAGAGCAGCACCUUGUAUCCUGGCGUGGCGCACUCCUGGCUCUGUGAUGGCAAGCUGCUGCGGUUACAAGAUCCCCUUGCACCCACCAACACACUCAUCUUCCAGGAUCAGUGGAAGCGGGGACAGCCUGUCAUCAUAUCUGGUGUUGGGCAGAAACUCUCCUCUGAGCUGUGGAAACCAGCAGCUUUCUCAAAGGACUUUGGAGACAUCAAGAAUGAUCUAAUCAACUGUCUCACUGGUAACAUUGUUCCCAACCAACCCAUGAAGAAAUUCUGGGAAGGUUUUGAGAACUAUGGGAAGAGACUGAAGGAUGAGAAGGGCCAACCCAUGGUGCUGAAGCUGAAGGAUUGGCCCCCAGGGGAUGACUUUGCAGAAAUGCUGCCCUCAAGAUUUGAAGAUCUGAUGACUGUUUUACCCAUGGGAGAGUACACGAGAAGAAAUGGCCGUUUAAAUCUUGCUGGCCGUCUCCCAGAGUGCUUCGUCCGGCCUGACCUGGGUCCAAAAAUGUAUAUUGCUUAUGGUUCGGCCAUACACCCAAGCAGAGCUUCCACAAAUCUUCAUUUGGAUAUCUCUGAUGCUGUUAAUGUCAUGUGUUAUGUUGGUGUUCCUAAAGAUGCUGAUUAUGAAGAUCAUAUAAAAGCAGCUCUAAAGGCCAUCGAUGAGGCUGGCUGUGAUGUCCUUACCCGCCGAAGAGUGCGGGAGAAGGAGGAAGUACCAGGAGCGUUGUGGCACAUCUACCAUGCCAGGGACGCUGACAAGAUUCGGGACUUGCUCAAUAAAGUGGCCAUAGAACGUGGGGAUAAGCUGGAGCCUCACCACGACCCCAUUCAUGACCAGUCUUGGUACCUGGACGGUCCUCUGCGAGAGAGACUGUACAAGGAAUAUGGCGUGGAGGGUUACGCCAUCAUCCAGUGUCUGGGAGAUGCUGUCUUCAUCCCAGCAGGGGCUCCUCAUCAGGUUCGUAAUCUGCACAAUUGUGUAAAGGUUGCUGAGGAUUUCGUCUCUCCGGAAAACAUCUCAUACUGCUUCCACUUAACACAAGAAUUCCGGCACCUGAGCGACACUCACACCAACCAUGAGGACAAACUCCAGAUUAAAAAUAUUAUCUACCACGACAUGAAAGACUCCAUAGCCUGCCUGCUAUCGGCAAGCAAGAAAUUAGAGGCUACAAAUUCUGAAGUGAAGGAAGACCCAGAGAAAAAAAUAAAGAAGGAAAGCGAUUCAUGAAAUUAGCUCAAGUGACUAGUAGUUCAUAUCAGUGAAAACCAUGAUGCUGUGUGUUGAAAGUGUUAUUCUUUGCAACUCUUGGAAAUAUUAUGUUGGAGCAAAGUGUGCAUGAAAAAGCAGAGGUAAAGACAUUAGUGUGUGAACAGACACGUGAAAUGACUAAAGAACCAUUGUAGCGAACUGACAUUCAAUGGUGUCAAAAACAUUUUUUAUACAAAAUGGUUUUCCUAUAAUGAGUGCAAAUAAUCAAUUCCACUUUCGAUUUAUAGCAAAGCUGUAUUAUUGAUCUGUGUGGAACACAAAGUCCAGUUCAUUUUGAUGUUUAUUAACAAAGACAGUAAUAUAAGUAGAAAUGGUGUAAUUAUUUAUUAAUCCAAUAUGAUGUACUAAUCACCAUGGACCUUACUAUUAAGGACCCACAUAAUCUCUAUGUAUCCACGGUGUACUUAAACCAGUGAUGCCACAUAGAGUGCACAGUAUUUUGUGCACAGUGUGAGUUGAAGACUCCGACCGGAGCAUCCCCACAGCUUAGGGUAUGCACUUCGAUUACUGGUGUUAGGUGUUGACAAGCCCAGCUGGGACUGCCAAGUGCAACAAGUGGUUUAGUUGAGAUACCCUCAAGUACCAAAAGGACGGGGAACCCCAGUUGUGGCCAAGCAACUACUCCCCUCCCUGCCCCUUCCACCUUCCCUCUCCACUCCCUACUCUCAUCUUUUGAUCUCUGACUCGGAGUGUAUCCUGGUAGCAAUCUCUUUGAUCUGUUUGUUGCACACGUGUACACAUGGACACCGAUGAAAACUGUUUAAAAUAAAAGAAAGCAGGGGCUCUUCUUCCCCCACGCUGGCUGGGGGCCUUGAUUAUUAUAUAUUCUGCCCAGCUGAAGGUUGGUAGUGCGGCGGUGGAGCAGGGGGAGGCGGGACAGACACGAGCGGGAGGGGAGACUUGGCCAUGCCCUUCAGAGAGUGACAGUGAUCAGCCUCUACAACGAUCCUCCAACCAAGCUGCUGCUGCUGCCACUACCGCCACCUUUCCUCCCUCCCUCCUAUUACCCUCCCCUCCCCUCCCCCCUCUUUCCCUGCCCACUCUCCACCACCGUCAUUUUGUACAUUGAUCUCAUUGUUGGUGUAAAUGUGAGUAGUGUUGAGGGAUGGAUGUUUCUUGUAGUGUGUUUCUCACAUGUCAUGUUGUUAUAUUUGUUUAAUAUUGAAGCCUGUGUUUUCUUUGAGAAAUUUACAAAACACAAGUGAUAGGCAUGUUGUUGCCAUUGAUCUUUCUUUUUAUUAUAAAAUUAACACUCAAAAGAGAUGAGAAAUAAUUUAUUUGCUUGUCAAUCGUGGGCGGAUGUAGAAAUGUACAUUGAUGUAGGCGUGUAGUGAGCGAGGGGUUCAGCCAAGCCCUGACGACCCCUCUCCCAAGCCUCAUCAGGAGGACGCAACUGUACUACUUUUUUGUACUGUCAAUAUGUAAACAGAUCACAAUUUGAAUAGGAAAAAUGAUGCCAUGAACAAGUGUUUUUUUGUUCCUAAAUGAAUCCGCAUUUCGGGAAAAAUUGUCCAAGUGCUAUCAGGAGUAUUGUACAAUAAAAGUUUGUAUAAGUACAAAGUAUUUUAGGAAAUCCAUACUUUUUCCAUUUUGGCACUACAGCUAAUUUGCAGGGAAAUUGUGAAUUGAGCCUGCCAAGAAAAAUGUCUUGCAUAUUAUUUUGUUGAAUUUUGUUUUAAGAGUGCUCAUUUUCUUUUUUGGGAAGGGAAAGAAAUUCAGAAAUGUUGUUUAUAUGUAUUGUGGCUGAAUUGUAUCAUAUUUCUCUUUUGUAAAUAGAGGGAACCAAUGCUGCUUUUUGUCCCUGUGUCAGCAUAAAGAGAGAUAAUGCCUCUUAUUUGAAGCAUAAUACAAGUCUCUCUCUCUCAAGAUUUCAGUAUGUCAAAAAACAAUUUCUUUACUAUUUUAAAAUGUCAGACCGCUAUAUUACGUAAAUAAAGUAAAACACCAAAUCCA